UUUGUACACAUAUAGAUAAUUCAAUAUCUGACCUAUAUAACAGUUUUAGAUAAUUUUGAAAAAUGUUAAAUCGAAAGAGGAAGUUGUUGUUUUCAGAAAAUGGCGACGGGUGGGUGUGAAGAAACCUCUGAUGAGAUUUUUAACUUCAAAUACACACCUUGUUCUAGGAUAAACAGACAAAGAAAAGCAGUGAAAUAUUGCGUGGAAUGUCAAGGAUACUGCUGUCAGUCUUGUGUUGACACACAUCAGGCAUUUCCUACACUAGUAGGUCAUAAACUACUGGAUAAAUCUACAGGUCUUUCAGCUGACUUCCCAGUUGUCCCUACGGAGAUAUGCAGCAUACACAAGAUAAAAAUUCUGGAUAUGUAUUGUGGAACCCACGACGUGGUCGGUUGUACGAGCUGUAUGGCACUAGAACAUAGGAGCUGCACAGAUGUCCAGCUAAUUUCGGAUAUUGCCGAAACUAUGUAUAAGAAGAAGGACGUGGAUGAAUUGAAUCUGACAUUAAAGGAGAAGAAGAGUGAAGUGGAGAAGGUUAAAACGUCAAGAGAAGUUCUUCUUGAAGAGCUGAAUGAAUCAAAAACGAAUGCAGUCAAUGCCAUAAAAGCUUUUAGAGAAGAUAUGGAAAAGAUACUACAAAAUCUUGAAAAGGAAUCGAUUAAAGAAGUGGAGAAAGAGUUCCAAACAAUGGAGACAAUGUUGCUGGAGGAGAUACAGAUAUCUGAAAAUCAGAUGAAAAACCUGUCGAAAGCUGCAGACGACAUGAAACAGUCCGACGGAAACAUAGCCCAGCAGUUUGUAUCUAUGAAGACAACACAGAAGAGACUUGCUCAAACUGAAGACAUUUUGAACGAUUUAGACACACAUGUACAUGCAAAGGUAUCAUUUGCUGCUGACCAAACUGUUUUGGGAUUUCUGCAACAACUGAAGACAUUUGGAUCGGUUAUCCGCAAUACUGUCUACUCAGUCAAGGGAACCAGGGACAUGAAUAUAAAAGUACAAAGUGACUCAUCUGCUUGCUAAGUAUUCGGGUCAUGCUUAACGGAAGAUGGCACAUUACUGAUACCUGAUUAUUACAAUAAAAAGUUGAAACGGGCAGACAUUAAAAAAAUGUCAGUUGUGGACUAUUGUGACCUCCCCCAUAAUCCACAUGAUGUGUGCAGUAUAGAUAAACAGGAAGCAGUUGUGGCCUUAGAAAAUAACACCAUUCAAUUUGUCUCCAUUAAGGGCGACAAGAUGGCACUCAUGCGUGACAUCCAGCUGAACAAUACUUGUUUCUGCAUUGCUUACAGAAAUAAGAAACUAUAUAUAAGUGACAAUAACAAGUCAGUUUAUGUACAUGAUAUGACAGAUACCUUGCUACAGACGAUAUCCAAAGACAGUUCCGGUAAAGAUCUGUUCAAUGUCAGUCGACACAUUGCAUUCAGCGAUUUUGGAGAUAAGGUAUUUGUUGUCAAUGGUUUAAAAGGUGUAGUAACAGUUGAUGGGCAGGGAAACAACUGUAACGAGUUCAGUGGUCCCGAUUUAAACAAUACAACGGGAAUCUGCACAGACGGAAGAGGAAAUAUGUUUGUGUGCGGAUACAAUUCAAAAAACGUUUUACAGCUAGGACAAAAUGGUACAAUAAUGGGUGUGGUCAUCCAGUCGUCAGAGAGACUAAACCAACCAUGGUCACUGGCCUUUGAUGUGCGAACCGAUACUCUAUGUGUAACCCAGUUAAACAGGGAUACAGUAAAACUUUUUGAUCUUCACUAAAAGUAACGUUGUUUUUUUUUCUGUACGAUUUCACACAAGGCUGAAAAUCUGAUUUAAUUCCUCCAAAAGCAAGACAGCGUAUUUACAACAACAUAAUAACUUGUCAAAACGAAAGUUUAAAAACGAAAUGAAAACAUAAUAUUUUAUGCAUAGUACACAUUUCCGAACUGCUCGUAUUAGGGGGGCGAAGUGCGCAAUUGUAUAUAAUUUUGUCCUUUGACAGUUCCUGUGAUACGCAGGCUCCAUAACCUAAGAUCCCCUUCCUAAAUUCCAGUUUGUUUAGUUCUGCCCAUUGUUUUCUCAUUUGGGGCAAACCCAUUAUUUUAUCUGAGGACCAAACGCCGCUCUUUAUGGAAUUACACGCCUCAAGACGUGUAUCAUUGAAGGUUCCAUGUUCACCACCGUUUGUGGAUGUCUCUAAAUUGCUUUUUGUACUUUAAGCAUGUGUAAUUGUUGAGUUCUGCUCAACCCGGGGCUAGAGGGCGUGGACGGUAGCAGGCAUUUCCACUACCGUCCAUGAACAGGCUCAAUCAAACCGAGCCUGCAACAUUUUCGUUUUUGUCGUGUUGAGCGACCUGUGAAGUUUGCACUUGUCUCUGUUUUAGUGUAUUUUCCCUCUCGUAACCAUUGUCCUUACAGUAUACAUAGGGAUAGGGUAUAACAUGUACAGUGGCAUAUUUUUUCUGGUCUAUCACCAGUGGGGAUGGUUCGCGGAUUACUACAAAUAGAUUUUGCUUUAAUCACUUGUUAUAUUUGAUGCACCAUCACUGCAGGUUUAGUAUUAUAUUUGCUAGUUUAACAGAGUGUUAUUGCACUAAAAAUGAAUGAUAUUUUUACAUUAAACAUUAUCAUCCACUUUUUUGUUGAUUUUACUGAUAAUGUUCUUCGUAGAAAUUAUGUUAAUGUCAUAUUUAUAAAUAGGCUUCAGUAGUGUACUUCAACUCACAAAAGUUUGAUAAUGUAUAAUAAAAUAAAGAAUACCAGCUA